AUCAUAAACACAGAAAUAUGUAUAUAUGUUACAAUUCUAAAAUAAAACAACUGACAACAUUAUUUGAAAUCUGUUUGACGUCAGAUUAAUAUAUAUAAAUACUUUUAAAGUAAAAAUUAAAAUAGGAGUGGCAUUCUAAUUUAGAUAUUGAAAUAUUUAAUCAUAUUAUCACAGAAAAAAUUAUGAAAAAUAGUUAUUUGUCUUCACAAUAUAUCUAAUCAAACUAUAUUUACACUAAUGUAUGACAUUUCUAAAGAAAUCCUUUCCAUAAGUUAUAAUUCGUCCCAACUUACUUUUUUUAAAUUAUGGUCCUUUUAUAAUAUAAUAAUUUUACGUAAAUUAUGAAGUACUCCUUGUACUGCUAAUCUUGUAGGAUUCUUCAUUCUACUUGUGCAAUAAUUUUUAUAAAUAGAUUGUAAUUGUACAGAUUGCCCAUUUGUCAUAUUAUAAAAACUAUAAUGUCAUUUCUGAGAUUGACAUGUAUUAUAUGAAAAUAUUAUUCAAUUGUUUUGUCUGUUGAAAUAAUCACAAUUUUAAGAAUUCAAUAAAAUGUCAGAAAAGAAAAAUCUACGAAAUUAUACCAUUGAGUUGAAUGAUAUAAAUAAUAUAAAUGAUCUUAAUAUUGAUAACAGUGUUGUGAGUUAUAGUGAUGUAUAUGAAACACUCAAACAGAAGAAGUAUGAUAAUGAUGAGAAGAGAUCUUUGGCAGCUGCAGUACUCGGUUUAGGAAAUACUGAUAUUCCACUGCCUGAUAAGCUUGACUAUUAUACAGGCUGGACUGAUAAAGAUGCCCAGGAAUGCUAUUUACUAUCUAAACCAAAAACAUAUAUUAUCCUCGGCAAGCAAGGUUGUGGAAGCUAUAAUUUAGGAGAAGCAAUGGCAAAAAAAAUUAACUGUCCACAUUUGUGUCCGAAAAAUGUUCUUCAGGAUGAAAUUGAUCAAAAAAGUUCCGUUGGCAAGUGUUUGGAUUACAACAUGAAGCAUAAUAAAGUUAGCAAGAGUGAUAUUAUUUUGAAAAUUAUAAAAAAUAAAUUAGAAUCUCCUGCAAUAAAACAUCGUGGAUUUAUAUUAUCGGGACUACCAAUGGUGACGUCUAGUCUAAAAAUGCAAUACUAUUCUGAUAGUUUGUAUGCAGAAGAGUCAAUUUCUGUUGUAGACGACAUUUUAUUCGACGUGAUAUAUAAUUUAAAAAGAAAAAAACGAAGAGCCAAAAAAUCUUCACCUCAUUCCUCAAAAAGCAGUUUAAAUGAUGAAGGUGAAAUUGAAGCCGAGGAAGAGGAACAAGAAGUAGAAGAAGAGCAAGAGGAAGCAAAUAUAGUAGUAGAAUUACCAAAGUUCUUAUUAGAACCCUGCAGAGACCUUAUAUUUGUUUCUAGACCUUAUUACACAACAAAAGAGAAAAUAUUACUGAACCAAGUUCAGGGAUUUUUUGGUUUUAAACCCGAUAUUGUGAUUUAUAUAUCUUGCCCUAAUUCAGACGUGGUUAUAAAAAGAACACACAAAUUCCUAAAUUACUCAAAUGGUUCAAGCACUUUCGCUCCCUUUUCACCAAAUAUGGAAAACGAUAUUCGUUGGCCACCUCAUUAUACCAUGGUCGACUAUAAUAGGGGAAUUGAUAAACAUACUUUUAAUCCGAAAUAUAAUUGUAAACAACCUACAAAUUUUACAACCAACUCUUCAGAACAAAUCUGUAACUAUAAAAAAUAUGUUACACCUCUUAUAGAAGAGAAAUUAAAAGAAUUUGACCCCAGAUAUGUUAUAAAAGUAGACGGAAGGACACCUAUUCAGCAAAUGAUGAAUAUUAUAAUGGAAAGGUUGCUGACAUUGCCCAUUAAACCUGUCCUCCUACCAGAACCUUUGUAUAUCGACGAGCCUCCGGAUGAACUAGAAGAAUUUUGGAAGACUGUUGAAGAAUUGAAUGUAAUUCGUAGCGGCUCCCUAAGCUUUAACCGAUACUCUUCACCUUGGUAUAAUCGAUGUCCAGUUGAGUUACGGAAAAGAAGAUCAACACAGGGAAAUCCAAAAUUUGCGGUUACAUUUUUUAAACAUGUCUAUUUAUUAUCCUCACUCGAUGCUAUGGUUUCCUUUUGCAGAAACCCGAGACCCUAUUUACAACUUAAAUAUUUAGAACCAACUUGUCGAAUGAUUAUUUUAGGUACUAAGAGUUCUGGAAAGACAAUGAUAGCUAAAUGUUUAUCUUGGAUUUUUACGGCCCCUGUCAUAUGUUUUGAAUCAUUUUUAAAAACUGAAAAACAAAGAAAGUAUGAUUCCUAUGCAAAAAAUAUUUUUUCUGAAAUAAUGGCUACGAUAGAAGAUAAUAGAUUUACAAAGUGGCAAGCUAAGGAAUUGCAAAGAGUGUCUGAUUUAAACACGUGGUAUAACACAGUAUCCAGUGCACUAUCUUCUUACAUUCCUAUUUUGAAAAAAACCUUAGAGAUUGAAGGUGAAGAGGGUGAGCAAGUACGUUCAAAAAGAUUCUAUACUUUAAGAAAUCAACUUUCCUAUUUACCCAUAGAUAACUUAGUGGAACUUGGAGCUCUUCUUAAAGACAAAAAUGCUUUAUUAAAAUAUGCUCCUCAUCAUUUAUUAAUGGAAAUUACCAAACCAAAAACGCCAGUUCUUGGAGAUGAAGAUGUCACGAACGAAAUUUCGUCAUACAUUGUGACCAACGAUCUACAAAAAGAUAUAGAUCCGACGACUGAAGAAUUGAUGAAUGAAAUUAUUAGAAUCGUAAAAGACAUCGAUAAAACAUCUCUAGACGAUACGGGCCUAUUUUAUGGAAAAUUUAUAAUUGAUGGCUUUCCAUCGGAUCCAGAAUAUUGGGGAUAUUUGAUAAAAGCUGGACUAUUACCUGAUUAUACUAUCACUAUAAUAGAAAAUAGAGAAAUCGACGCAGAUCUUCUUCAGCAUUACAUUAAUAUAGGAAAAUAUACCAAACAUCAUCAAGAAAGGUUCCUUUUGUCUUCUGACGUCUUAGUAAAAACUAAACUAUUACAUGAUGAACCACCAGAAAAUAAAUAUUUAGAUAUGCAAAUAAUAAUAGAUAAUUUAAUCUUAACUUUAUUUGACUCUGAAUCCAUUGACGACGCUGCAAAUAAAACUGAAAAAUCACCCGAUGCAGAUGCAGUAACAGGUUUUACUGAAACAAUGGAAAAGUUUCGUGAAGAAUGGGAAGUAUCUAAAUCAAAAUUGGAAGAAAAUUAUAAAUGUUUUGUUGAAACAGAAAUUGAAGACAAGAGUGAUAUAGACAUUAUAGAUGAAGUUUUGAAGAAAAUUCGCAACUGUUAUUUUAAUCCUUGCGUAAUAAUAGAAGAAGGGCUGGAUAUUCCAGAUGAUGAUAGUGAAAUAACUAAAGAUGUUUUAACCUAUAACGAGCCGCGGUUUCUAGGCGAGACAAAUAUUUACUGUCCAUUAGCUUUUUAUGACUAUGGUGUACUGUGGGAAGGUAAAUCGGAGCUAGCAACAUCUUAUGACAAUAAAACAUACUGCUUUAGUAAAGAAGAAUGUGUCGAUAUCUUUCAACGUGACGUAAAGAAAUACCUCUGUUACAAUAAACCAUACAAAAAUGAUAUACCGCUAAGAAUAUGUGUAAUAGGUAACAUAGGCAGUGGGAAGACGACCUAUUCUCGUUUAAUAGCAAAAGAACUGGGGCUAUUUCAUAUUGAUUUCAAAGAUUUUAUAAAUAAAUAUUUGAUUCCGAAACAUUUUAAAAAAGUUGGAUGGCAGUAUGAGAACAGGUUUACUGAUGCUUCUGUGGGCGAAGAAGAAGUCGUCGAACUUCAAAUAGAUGAAGAAAAUUUAAACUAUAUUUCGGACAUAACGUUCAAUGAACAAGAGUUACGGAGAAUUAUUUACAACUACAUUGAACAUGGAUCCCCCCUUCUGUCUCCUUUACUACAGCCUUUAUUAAAAAAGUUGUGGAAUGAACAGCCAUUUAAUAACAGAGGCGUUGUAAUUGAUGGUUUUCCAAAACUGCCAACCGAUGUUGAAGAUAUGAUCUCAUGUUUUUGUAUUCCUGAAAUUGUAAUAGAAAUAGAAAGUGAUUCAGAAACAUCACUUAAUAGAAUUUCUCCUAAAAUGUUUAAGCAAUGGAAACUUCAACUUGCCGAAGCUAAACUAAAAGCUAAAAAUAAGCUAGACAGAGAAAAACAGGAAUGGUUGCAUUUUGUGACUAAAACUGUAGUAAUAAAAUUAAUUAUUGAUGACAUUUUAGGAGAGGCAGUCAACGAAGAAGAGCCGUUAAAAAUAUCAUCUGUAGAAAGCACUAUUUUUGACGCUAAUCCCCUGGGAUCAGCCAAUGUAGAUGUUAAUUUAUUUCGAACAUACAAUGAGCUCAUACAAGAAUAUCCAGAACCAGUUGACCAAAAUGUAUGGGAAAGUGCUGAUGAUGUACUUGAACAUAUAAACAACAGAAUAGAAAGUAUCUUUGAAAUAGACGAUGAAAAUAUUCAAGUACUGAAAGAUAUGCUACUUGAAAAUAAAAUAAAAAUUGUGUCUGUGGAUGGCAAAAAAUCCAAACAAAAAAUUCAACGUAAAAUAUUAUCCAAAUUAUCAAAUAUAAGAAAUAGGACGCCCUCGUUUUUAGAACAAACGUUUAUUGUAAAUUGCGAUAUAGCUGAAAUGCUAUUAUUAGAAGGAUUUUUCCUUCUGAGUAAAUUUUACAGAAUGUGUCCUGUGUUCAUAUCAGAAAACCCCGAAACAAAGUUCAAUCCAUAUAGUUUGAAUAAACGUAAAAAUAAAGUAUUCCCAAUAAUUCAUCGAGCUUAUAUAUAUUUUAUUUCUUCCGAGGAUAACGUUAAGAAAUUCAGAAGAGACCCUUUAAAAUAUAUAAAUAAUGACCAAAUAAAAUCUUACAAGGAACAUCCACUGCGCAUUGGUAUUAUUGGCCCUCCUAAAUCUGGAAAGAGCACAGUAGCAGCAAAGCUUGCGAAAAGAUAUGGAUUGAUGUGUAUGUCAAAAGGAAUGGCUAUCCGUCAUAUCUUAGAAAACAUGGAUUGGACUACAUUAGGGUUCAAAAUGAAAAAGUUAUUAAAAGAAGGCAAAUGCAUAGAUAAUGAGUUGAUUAUGACUGCUGUUCUAACAGCUUCCAUUGAUCACCGUACGAUGACUAAUGGUUUUGUAUUGGAUGGCUUUCCUGAAACACCUUUUGAGAUUUGCCAAUUACUAAAAUAUGGCCUGUAUCCUCUUAUAAUUGUCGAUGUCAAAAGCGAUGAAAAAGUUAUAUUAGAUAGUUCUCAAAAUGAAAUUUACCCAAACAUAUUAAAAAUAAAACCACCUUUCUCACGUCCUUUCAUUAAAAAGAGGUAUGAUAAAUGGCUCGAAAAAUCCUCAACUGUCAGAAAUUGGAUUAAUAGGGAUACGCAAAACUUACACACAAUAAAUGGAAAUAAUUCGCAAUGGCACUGUUUUCUAGACGCAUAUUCUAAAAUAGAAGAUAUAAACAAAGAUAUUCAUUAUUAUUUAAGCCACGUAAAUACCGACGUUGUAACUACAAAAGUUAUGUGUCUAUCUAACGAAAUGUUUGAACAACGAAUGUCUUGUUACAAAAACCUUUGCCCGCUUUGCUUCCACAAAAAUAUUAUAAGACACAAUGGAUAUCCCGCUGACAAAAAUGGUGUAGUUCAAUAUAAGAACUAUUUUUAUUGGAUAUGCCCUGAACAUCUGGACACCGUGCUCGAAUCGCCAGAAGAUUUCUUAAAUCCCGUAACAAUUGAAAUACCGGAGAUACCAACAGUGGUCACAGCCAUUAAUACUGCUCUAGUUUACGAAAAUGGCAUAUGUAUUGUGACGUACGCAGAAAAUCUUCCAUCUCAAAAACUUGUUCGAGGCAAAAACGAAUUUGCUGCUACAUAUAAGAAAUACACAUAUUUAUUUUGCAGUUCUGGAUGUUUGAAGAUGUUUUUGGCCCGUCCUCAUUUUUAUUAUGACAUAAAAGUUUUUAAAGACACAAGCGUUUUACCAAAACUCACAUUAAAUAAGUUACCUCAUCUCGGUUACCUGGAGCAAACGAUUGGUAACAUAUUAACUGAAGCAUGUUGUUCAGUAAAUGUUCUUAGACCAAAAUAUCCCGGCUUAGACACUCGUUUGUCUGGGAUUUUAUACAUAGCACUAUACCUUAAGAUUCAUAAUCCGAAAACGAACCAUUCAAUUUUGCCGAUUUAUUCGAGAACGUUAAGAGCUUAUGAAUCAAAAUGUAAACUAAUAACGGAUACAGCUUUGCGUUUACGCUCAAUAGAUAAUCCAUUUGCAUUUUAUCCAAAAUGUUGCAAAGGAAUAAACAAAAUUAAACAAAUUGAUUCAGGUACGGUCAGGAAGCCGUCAUCAUAUGUGUCGUCUGGUAGUGUAUUUUUUGACUCUGAUUUUGAAUAAUAAAGCAAUUACUAUAUUAUUAUCACUUUAAUUUUAACCUGAUAUAUACUUUUAGUGGAUGUAUAAUAUAUAAAAAGAAAACUGGUGACAAACUUUUUUCACACCUUUUUCCUUUUGUAUAUAUAUAUGUGCAUAUACAUAAUUCUACUUUUCGUGUAUAUGUCAUUGAAAUCCUCCUAAAAUCUGGAAGGAUUAAAACGAAUAUAUUUGAAUGCGCCCCAGACGGUUAAGAUUCACGAUUGAGCCCGGCAGAUGGAGUUACAGUCGGAAUCUAGGUUAUUUAAAAUGAAAAGCCUAAAACGUAUGUUACUAUAUUCAUUGUGUAACACACUUUAUACAUUUUUCUCUGAACGCUACUCGUUCUCUCGGACGAAGUUGCGUGUAAAAACUAGUUAGUAUAUAUAUAUAUUGGAUCCCUAAUUUAUAACAGUAUGUAAUAUAAAAGUGUUAUAAUAGAACUCUCACCUGUGUCCUUUUUCACCUCUAGUAUAAAUAUAUCCGUCUUUUUCUUAUAUUCUUAAAGUAAAACUAUCGUAUUAUAGCUGUGAUUGAUUUGAAUGAUUGUAGUAAUAGCGAAUUCACCACUUUAAUACCGAUUUCCGACGAUUAUUACAGUAUUUUGAUUAUUCAGUUAAAAUGAAAACAUGAUGUUAUUAUACUCAACCGACAAUUUAUCCCAAAAUUUGCCCUACUUUUGGUGUACAAUAAAAAAAGGCUAUCUGCUUAUUUAUUUACAUUACAGAAUACUUACUAUUAUUAUACGUAUAUAGAGCAGUCUUCAUAUAAUAUCUAACAAUAAGAGAUCGUAAUAACAAUGGCCUCUGUUUUUAUAGCACCCCUUUUUGACACUUUUUAUCUUUUAUCUUCUGUAGCUUGUUAGGUACAUAAAAGUGCAUGUAGUGAUUGCUAGCUGAUGCUGCAAUUUAUCUAACAUUAAAGAUGACUAGUAAAAUUAUAUAUGAAAAAUUACAUAAAUUCACGCAAUAUUAAGUGCAAUUAAAAUAUUAAAUUAUGAUAAAUUACAUUAAAGUUUUUAAUAGAGACAGGGCACGUGUCUAGAAGCUUCAAGAUACAAGUGUCUGACGAAAUAUAUAAACAUGUCACCAAACAAUUUUUUUUUGUGUAUCACUAUUAACACCUUGUACAAAACCACUAAAAUUUUGAUUAUCAUAAUGUGUUACAACAGUACACUUAUGUGUAAAAAACUAACUAGCUAUAUCUUAUU